AUGGUCGAUCGUUUGGGUAAACUUGGUGUCAUUGAUGAUAAAUACAAUGUUACAAUUUCAACUUCUUUUCCUGCAUUGAACGACAUCGUAGGUUGCACCACGUUCAUUCUUUGGAAUAAACUACCUAUCAUGGACAUGCGCCCGAUACAAACACCCGAAAAUGUUUCCCGUCUUUUUGAUCUUAUUAGGCCGAAAGAUGACAUGUUUAUCCCAACAUUCUAUAGUGUUUUACAAAACACUUUGUGGCAGAGGUUAAGAGUUGAAAAUUCAGAACUUUUUGCCGACAUAACUUCCGAGAAAAUAGCAAAAUUUGCAAAAAAGACCAUAGCCACUUUGAAGUGCAGUGGAAUGAAUUUAAUGAAAAUCUUAGAUCUUAAUGAACUUCCUUAA